UGAAAAUUUAACACGAAUUUUCGGUAGCCUUGGUAGUUGGAACCACAACUGCAGCUCUUUACUUACGUAUUUCAACGUUAAUCAUUUAACUUGAAGCAAUUUUUGUACAAACCAUAUUUAUCAGUUCAGAACUGCUAUUGACAAUAUUCCCUUCAGAUUUGAUGUCAGUUUUUCAUCUGUCAGUUAGGAAUCUUAAGCCCAAAGAGAAAUGGAUGUGGACCAGAAAAAAGCCAAGAAAAAUCGUAAGGGCAAGAACACCGAGGUGGAAGAUAUUGAUAUGGAGAAGGAGCUGAAAGAACUCGAGGAGAAUGCGCCAGCGCAACCCAAAGCUCCAACUGGGAAAGCUGGUAAGAAGGGAAAACGGAGGGAGGAAAUUGAUGCUAUCGACAUGGAAAAGGAACUGGAAGAUGCUGAUGAACCACUUAAGAGUUCUGACGCGAAAGGUUCCAAAGCUCAAAAGGGGAAGAAACCCGGUAAUGACAACGGCGAAGUGGAUGAAGAAACAGCAAAGCCGCAACCUGAGGAUUCGAAAGCUGCCAAGGGUAAAAAGAAUAAGGGAAAGAACGAUGUUGUCGAUAAUGAAACCGAAGAAUACGAACAAGACGAAGAAAAAUCGCAACCCGAGCUCAAGACAUCAAAAGGCAAAAAGGGGAAAGGGAAGAAGGAGCUUGAAGAUAUUGAUAUGGAAAAAGAACUUCAGGAGUUAGAGGAGUCUGCUAAAGUAACGGAUUCGAAAGCUUCAAAGGGCAAGAAAAAAGCAGGGAAAAAAGAUUUAGGUGAUUUUGAUAUGGAAAAAGAACUGCAGGAAUUGGAAGAAGAAUCUAAAGCAGAAGCGAAAUCUGGCAAGAAAACCAGCGCCAAACAAGCAGGACAGAAGGAGGCUCCUGCUCAUGAAGGAUCCAGCACUAGUGAGAAGUCAGCGGAUAAAAAGUCUGCCAAAUCCAAGGAGUCGGAAAGCAAGACCGGAAGCCAAAAAGCAGCCGACGCUGAUGCGGAGCCCGCGAAAACUGGGGAUAAACCAGGAGCGGCGAAAAAACCGAAUAAACAAGUGGAGCUGAUGAAGGAACGAUUACGAAAAAUCAAGGAAGAGGAAGAGCGAUUGCAGCGCGAGGAGGAUGAACGCAUCCGCAAAGAGGAAGAAGCAGAGCAGAAACGACUGGAGGAGCUGCAAAAGGAGAAGGAGCGCAAGGAAAAGAAGAAGCAGAAAGAAAAAGACCGGAUUCAGCGCCAAAAACAGGAGGGAACAUUUAUGUCCGCUAAGGACAAGGCGAAUAAAGCUAGGGCCAUGGCAAUGCUUGAAGCGUUCAAGCAACAAGGGCUCCAGGUUGGGGAGAAGCCGGCGCGUGGAGAAAGGAAGCCUGGCGAUAAAAGUGAACAGCGGCAACUAUCUGAAGAACAGAAAGAAGACAUGCCGCCGCAGACUGCCGCUGAAAUAGCUGAAGCUGCUGGACAGGGCGACGAAGCUGAAUCGGAUGACACCGUGGAAGACUGGGAUCAGAUAUCUGACACCGAAGAAGCUGCGGAAGGAACCGAAAAAGCCGCAGCGAAGGAGAGUUUGUCUGCGCCGAUGGAGAUGACCUCGGCUAAGGAAACCGGACCGAUACAGAAAUUGGGGAAUCUUCGAUCGGCUGUUGUUUGCGUUCUAGGGCAUGUCGACACAGGGAAAACCAAGAUUUUGGAUAAAAUCAGGCGAACAAAUGUGCAGGACAACGAAGCCGGUGGAAUUACGCAGCAGAUUGGUGCAACCAUGGUCCCAGCUGAUGCUAUUCUGAAUCAAAGUUCCAUGGUGCGUGGAUUCGGGGCUGAUAACCUCCACUUACCGGGACUAUUGAUCAUUGAUACUCCCGGUCACGAAUCUUUCAGCAAUCUGCGCUCCCGUGGGUCAUCGUUGUGUGAUAUCGCCAUCUUGGUUGUGGAUAUCAUGCACGGCUUGGAACCUCAGACAAUUGAAUCCCUGAAGCUGUUAACAGGUCGAAAGGCACCAUUUGUCGUGGCCCUGAAUAAAAUUGAUCGACUUUUUGGUUGGAAGAGUUUACCCAAAAUGGAUAUUCGCGACGCCAUCGCUGCUCAAGCCAAGAAUGUGCAACAUGAGUUUAAUGAACGGGCUAGGAAGAUUAUUGGAGAAUUUUCUGCCAAUGGUGAAAAUGCCGCACUGUUCUGGGAAAACGACAAUCUGGACGAAUAUUAUUCAAUGGUACCUACCAGCGCACAUUCUGGCGAUGGAAUGGGUAACCUGAUGGCGUACAUCGUGGAAUUUUGUCAAAAUAGAUUGAACAAGCGCUUGACAUUUUCAAAUGAUUUGCAAUGCACUGUGCUGGAGGUGAAAGAAUUGACCGGUUUGGGCACGACGGUGGAUGUGAUAUUGACCAAUGGCUCGUUGUCGGAUAGUGAUACGAUCGUACUAGCGGGAUUUGAAGGUCCCGUAGUUACCCAAGUGAGGGCUUUGUUGAUGCCGCAGCCUCUUCGAGAACUCAGAGUGAAGAAUCCCUACGAGAAGCACAAAGUUGUUCAUGGAGCGCAGGGUGUCAAGAUCUUGGCAAAAGAUUUGGAGACAUGUUUGGCUGGGCUGCCGUUAUACGUUGCUAAUACUCCGGAAGACCAGGAGCGCUGCAAGGGGGAAAUAGAGGAUCAGUUACAGUCAGCGUUGAAGUCCAUCCGGCGGGAAGAUCGAGGAGUUUACGUUCAGGCAUCUACUCUUGGGUCUCUUGAGGCUUUGUUGGAGUUUCUAAAAACUUCCAAAAUUCCGGUUUGUGGUAUUAAUAUUGGGCCAGUCCAUAAAAAGGAUGUGCGCAGCGCUUCUGCCAUGUUGGAGCAUGAUCCGCAGUAUGCCGUGAUUCUGGCAUUUGAUGUGAAAAUUGAACGGGAAGCUCAGAUAUUAGCGGAUGAACUCGGAAUACGAAUAUUUGCUGCGGAUAUUAUUUAUCAUUUAUUUGAUCGUUUUACGCAGUACCAGGACGAAUUGAAGCAGAAACGACGAGACGAAAACAAGCAUCUUGCCAUAUUCCCCUGCAAAUUAAAAAUUUUGCCCCAAUUUGUCUUUAAUACGCGUGAUCCAAUCGUUGUGGGAGUUGUCGUUGACGCUGGUGUCCUUAAAGUGGGCACACCGCUGACAGUUCCGUCGAAGGAGUUCGUCGAUAUUGGCAUCGUCACCAGUAUUGAAGUCAACCACAAACCGAUGGACAUUGCCAAGAAAGGUCAAGAAGUUUGCAUUAAAAUUGACCCCGAACCUGGGGCAACUCCGAAACUGUUAGGGCGCCAUUUCGAAAUAGAAGAUACGAUGGUCAGUAAGAUUUCACGACCAUCAAUAGACGUUUGCAAAGAUUAUUUUAGAGAUGAUUUAACGAAAGCAGAUUGGCAGUUAAUGGUAGAACUGAAGAAGCUGUUACAGAUAAUGUAGAUUUGUGGGGGCUGGUCGAUUUUCUGAAUGUUUUACUUUCGCUUUAAACCAUGGUCUUUUCUUUCCACUGCAGUCAAUUUUUGAUAUCUAACUAGAACUAAUAAAUCUGAAAUUGUAUGUUA